AUGGCUUCAGCUCAGGACGCCGCGGUGAGGCACCAGGCUGUUGUGCCGGACAAGGUUCCUACGGGAGAGUAUCCUCUCAUUGACAAUGACCCACACAUUUCCCGCGUCUUGCGGUAUACCCGCCCAUCCGACUGGCUCCAAGGCGCCGCUCUAGGAGCCAUGAGUCCCGGUCUGAUGCUGUAUUGGGAACGAAUCUCGCCCUCGUUUGUCGGAAAGGGUGGGUUUGCACCCAUUAUGCGAUUGACUGGUGCUGUGGGUGUGACGGGGUGCUUCAUCUUUGCGUACACCAGGUCGGCAAUGCGAUUCUACGGCGCCCGCGAGAACCGCCGCGAAGUGGAGAUGGACAUGCGGGAGAUGGUUGACAAGGUCAAGAGGGGUGAGCCGCUGUAUGGCACCACCGAGAUGACGGAUUAUAUGCAGGGUGUUGCGCACAGGAAUUCGCGGUACGCGGCGACAUUCUCACAUAUCAUCCCUUGGCCCAACCUAGUCCAUCACCCCCACCAUGGCGUAGACACCGCCAAGUACUACAGGCAGGCCGAGUUGGAAUUGGAGCAGGAGAGGAACGGACGGUAA